UAGAUUAGGUUAAUCAAGUACUAGAGUUCUACUUGCGUACUAACUGGCAGCGCGGAAAGCUAGGAAGGAGAACACAAAAUGGUUAAUCCUCGCGACGUUUUUAAUCCUGACGAACACGAUGCAGUCCAGUUCUUUAAUGCGUCAAAGAACUACGACGACGAGAAAUUGGCUGCGGAAAUGCAGGCGAUUUUGGAAGAGGAAUACUCUCCAUCGGGGGAGAUGCGUCUUGAAUUUUUGGCGACUCUCUUGGAAUGUAAGACGCGCGGAAUUGAGGUCAAGUUAUGGGAAUGGUACCUAAUGUUGCAGUACUUGUACACAAAAAGAAGCAUUGAUAAUGCGACAGACUCGAUCCUAUCCGGGAUUCUUUUGCAGGACAAGCUGAAUUUGCCUCCGAACAGCCGCAUGCCAAGGCCCAAGAAGCCUGUCCGUCUAGUAGUAGACGAGGACGAGAACGAUCCGAAGCCGGUUGAGGAGUGCGCUGCCGCACUAGGAGUUGACAUGUGGAACUUCGAACAGGAAGGAAUGCGUACUAUAAUUAUUAUUUUUAUUAUUUGGUCGUUUAACAUAUUGUCCUUGAAGAUCUAGGAGCACUUCGAUUACUCCUGUUCGCACCCAGUUCUCGUCUCACAUCAAGAAGGACUGACGAAAUUUGUUCUGUACACACUCCUCCUUUUCUUAUUCUUUCAGUUAAAUUUUCAUCACCAUUAUCAUCUAUCAAUCUACUCGUCCACAGGUAAUGCCAAGAACCACGUGAAGCAGAUCAUAGAACACUUGGUGCAAAAAAGAACGGAUGCUGCGAAGAAGGAAGGCACGCACGAUGGAAAAACCUUCAGAGUGGUCUAGGUGGAUACUCUCGCAAUGCGCGGCUGAUAACCUAGUGCUAGUAGCUAGGUGGUUGGUGCUUGAGGUUUUGAGGUCAGCUAAGAGCUGAGGCAAGACCUCUACUAACACUUUGCAAGGAAAAUAGAAACAUCGACAUUUGCAGUAAAAUAUUGCGAUUUUAGUAAAUCAUCUUAAAUUUCACAGCAGACCGAAGAGCUAUUUUUUUACAACUUAAAACCCGACAUUACUAAGAAGAUCGUAAUUUUUAUGGUACAUUUACAUAGUACGUGAUGGAUGAAACAACUACUGAAAAAAUUUCACUGCCUUUGAAUUGCUAUGUUGUUCAAAAAUAUUUAUAUUAUAUGAGCGUUGGUCUUGUUUUCUUGUGAUUCGUCCGUCUCGAUGUGUAGGUCAGUGGAAAUUUUCGAUCGUGUCAGUCGUCAUGAAGAAGUGACUCCAAUUAUUCUGGAGGUACCCAUGUCGAUGACUCGACUGGUGCACUGCGUGCACUCAAAGAAAGCACUACAAUGAAGCAGAAAGAUUACUGACAUGGAACGAAGUGUUCA